UACCUCCUCAUUCAACAGAGUAAAGUCUUUAAAUACUUUCAAUGUAUUCCACAUAUGUAUAUAUUUCACAUCCUCAAAUCUGUAUUGUUAAUAUUGUAAAUAUUCUUCUCUCUUUUUCACUAUUUUAUUUAUCUUUUGCACCAUGUAUGUUGAGUUGUUGGAGGAGCACGCGACAUAAGAUUUUCAUUGCCAACAUAUACGCUGUAUCUGCUGUGCAUAUGACAAAUAAAUCUUGAAACCUUGAAACCUUGAAACCUUGAAGACAUUGUAGGUCAGUGUCCUGCCUGACCAAGCUAGACACCAUGUUGACACAUGUGAUUCUACUGGAGCUGUGUUAAACCACAUGUAAAGUACAUGCAGGGCUUUUCUAAGUUAAACCAUAACAAAUUGCAAUGACUUUUGUGAUUGCAAAACUUGAGGUCCCAGCAGGACAUUGCUUCACCAACUGUGGAGACACGUUGUUUGUCUGCAGCGUGAGAAAAUGAGUCACUGAACGAUGUUGUGAUGCAUCUUCCUCAGGAACAAGAAGCCAUAAUGAGAAAUCUUGUCCUCAAAUUUUGUGAUCCGGUCUAUCAGGAACUAUGGUAAUCUGUUAUCUUUGCAGAGGUGACAACAUCCUGUCUCAUGAAGCAGGGUUUCUAUUGUAUAUUGAUACUGUAGUGACCUUUCUGCUGCUGCUCCUAGUUUGUUGUAUAUGCCCCAAACAACUGGCCUGUUAACAAAUAUUCAGCUUUGUCUCUUUUUCUCCUCCAGAUGCUCCAAAGACUUCCUCUGUGUCAGUGAUUCCCUCUGCUGAGAUAGAGAUGGGCAAACCAUUGCAGCUAACCUGUAACAGUGGCGCUAACCCAGCAGCUACACAUACCUGGUACAAGGACAACCAAACACUGCCUCGGGGGUCAAAAGACAUUUAUCUAUUCGCCUCCAUCACCUUAGCGGACAAAGGGAACUACCACUGCGAGUCUAAGAAUAAGUACGGCCAGAUCAACUCUACAUCAGUUCACAUAGAUGUCCAAUAUGCUCCAAAGCUCCUCUCUGUGUCAAUGAGUCCCUCUGCUGAGAUAGAGGAGGGCAGUUCGGUGACUCUGAACUGUAGCAGUGAUGCUAACCCAGCAGCUAAAUACACCUGGUACAAGAAGAAUGAAGACUCUCCAAAAGCUUCAGGACAGAUCUUCACCAUCACUGACUUCAGAGCUGAACACAGUGGGAAUUAUUCCUGUGAAGCCCAGAACAAGUUAGGACGUAGUAACUCCACCUCCAUCCAUCUGACUGUUGUGGCAGGUUCAAUGAAGUUAGUAGCUGCUGGAUCAGUAACUGCUGUAAGUGUGGGUAUCAUGAUCCUCAUCGCCUUUCUGGUGAUUAGAAGGAAGAGGUCCUCGAAACCAACCGCGGAGGCUGAGAGAGAGACCAGACAAUGAAGCUGAGUUACACAUGAAUGACAGCCCUUCAGCUGCAGUACAGAGUGAAUCAGCAGAGGAGGAGGCCGAGAUUUGCUAUGCCAGCGUGAGCUUCAUUAUACUUCAGGAUGAUGCUAUCUACUCCAACGUCAAGCCCGCUCAUCUCCGCGGACACAAGAAGGAAGAGAAUGACAGUGAGGACAAUGCUGAAUACUCUACCGUCAAAUUUAAAAGUGACAGUGCUACUGCAGAAUCAGAAUAUCAUGAGGCUGCGGAGGAUCCAUCUGCAUUGUACUGCACAGUAAACAAAAAACCAAGAGUACAAACAUAACUUUUAUAAAUAUCAAUACAGAAUAAUAUAAGUAGUAUUUCCCUGCCAGUGCUUGCAAAAGUAGGCUACAUUUCUAUUUUCAAGUAUUUACCACAAUGUUCUUCUGCUCUGCUGUUCAGUUUAAUGUGGGGCGGUGGCAAAGUGGUUAGGGGCUUGGCCUGGGAACUGGAAGGUCACCAGUUCAUCCCGAAAGUGCCACCGUGGUGUCCCUGAGCAAGACACUGGUUACCUACACUGCUCCCCGGGCGCCGUACAUAAUGGCAGCCCACUGCUCCUAACACUAGGAUGGGUCAAAUGCAGAGACCGCAUUUCGUUGUCCUAGUACUUGUACUCUGUGCAAUGACAAUAAAGUUGAAUCUUCUUCUUCUAAUGACCUUUUUAUCGUUUUACUUAUUGAUAACAUUCCUUUUUUUAAUAUAUAACUUCUGGUUCAUUGUCGUCGUAAGUUAGUUUUGUUAAAGUACUUAUUCCAUAAUUUAAAUACAUUGUUUUGUAAUUUGUAAAACUGAUUGUGUUGCUCUGAUGUAUAUUGUUUCAGUAACCAUAUCAUGAAAUAAAGUUAUUCCAUUCA